AUGGGUUACCGUUGUCACCGCUGCCACCAAAUGACGUUGUUCGCCCUGUCCAUGUCUCUGACGGCGUUGUUGCUCGUGGCCGAGAACCAGGAAGGAAUCCGUGGACGCUGCAUCGUAGCUGGCGUGACGCCGGUGGAGGUUAUCACAAGCCACGCGGUGGUGCAGAUGUCCAUGGCGUACAUGCAGACGGUACUCAUGCUGGUGGUGUUCGUCAGCGUCUUCGACACUCCGGUGCGCGGAAGCCUUGGCGCCGCCUUCUUCAUACCCGUGCUCAUGGCGCUCUGCGGCAUGAACUUCGGGUUCCUGACUUCGUCGAUGUCCAAGGACGAGGCGACGGCCCUGCUGCUAUCGAUGGCCGCCCUCUAUCUGGCACUGCUCAUGGGAGGCGUUCUGUGGCCCGUCGAAGGUGCCCCGGAGGUGCUGCGUCCCUUGAGCUGGGCCGUGCCGCAGGCCCUGCCGGCACACGCCAUGCGCGGCGUCAUGCUGCGAAACUACACGUACGACAACGUGCACGUGUUGCAGGCGGCGGGCGUGACGGCCGGCUGGACGCUGGUCUUCAUGGCGCUCGCCAUGAUCAUGUACACACUCUCAAAAUGA